AUGCUCCGACUAAACCCCGGCGCCCUCGCUGUCGCCCUCUUUACCACCACCGCCGCGGUCGCGUACGCGCGCACAGGAACAAUCCAACAACCCCUCGAAGCCCUCCCUACGAACACAGCAUUGGUCCUCGCACUCUUCUCAUUCCUCGGUGGCGCUUUCGAAUCCAUUAUUACCAAGACUCCUGUCGCACUUAUACUGGGCCAUAUAUUCGGCGCCGUGUAUGCGCUAAGCUAUGCGCGCUUGAGUGCAGGCCAGCCUUCCGGUGCGGAAAUUGGAUUAUAUGGAUCCUUCGCUUUAGCUGUGAUUGCGUUGGCGGAUACGGGCUUGGAUCUGGCCCCCAGGGAACUGGGAUACGUUGGGGCUUAUGGAGUUACAGUCUUUGGUAAUGCCCACGGGGGUGUCGGCUUGGCUGGGACUUUGCUCUUUGCGCUUCUCCUGUUGGGCUUUCGGGGCGAGAUUAAGCAGAUAAGGAAUCGAGUGAAUGAGCGGUUGGCGGAGUUAGAGAGACGAUAG